AUGGUCCACGGCUCUAGUGUGACGACUGAGCAGGACGAACAUCCCAUGGUCUUGGGCCUCACUGCUAGCCCUAUGUUCGGUGGCAAUCCUACUGCAGCCUUCCGGAAGUUGGAAGCCAACCUCGACUGCGUUAUUCAUAGUCCUCGAGCCAAUCGGGAUGAGCUCUUGACUCAUGUCCACUGUCCGAUCUUCCGACAUGUGUGCUAA